AUGUCCUCCUCAGCUCCGUGGGACUACAUCGCCAAGCUCGUCUGCAUCGGCGACUCAGGAUGCGGCAAAUCUAGCCUCACCAUCCGCCUCUGCGAAGGCCGCUUCUCCGCCCACCACGACGUCACCAUCGGCGUCGAAUUCGGCUCCCGCAUCGUCCCCCCCCGGCGCGACACCAGCGGCAUCCCCCAGAAGCAUAUGAAGCUCAGCCUGUGGGACACGGCCGGCCAGGAGACGUACAAGUCCGUCACGCGGUCCUACUUCCGCGGCGCCAGCGGCGCCCUGCUCGUCUUCGACCUCAGCCGCAAGGCCACCUUCCAGCACGUCACCGACUGGCUCAACGACCUCCGCCAGAUCGCCGAGCCGGACAUCGUCAUCGUCCUCGUCGGCAACAAGGCCGACCUGACGCAGCAGGAGGACAACAAGCGCGAGGUCACGCGCGAGGAGGCAGAGGAGUGGGCUAGGCGCAACGGCAUACUCGAGUACGUCGAGACGAGCGCCAAGAGCGGCGAGAAUGUCGAGAAGGCUUUUAUGAGAGUCGCCGAAAGGAUAUACCAGAACAUCCAGGCUGGAAAGUAUAAUUUGAACGACAGGAGAUCGGGCGUCAAGGGGCCUAGUGCUGGUGGGAGCCGGCAGGUGAGGUUAAAUGCCGAUGCGAAUAAGGCAGGCGGUGGAUGUUGUUGA